UCCAUUUAUUUCAUUUUGGACAACGAGAAUAUAUGGUUGCAAUAAUGUGCUCGUGGAAAAUUUGUUUGCUCUCAUUUUGUCUUCUAUUCGAGCUGAUAAAGUCUAGUUCAAAUUAUGAUAUAAAACGAUGUAGGAAGAAUGAUGAGAUUUGCAUGAUUGAAUCUGCUAGUCAUUUUCUUAAAUACAUAUCAGGAGGUAUACCAUCCUUAAAUAUUAAAAGCAUCGAUCCAAUAAUAGCCAAUGACUUUGAAGGUGACAGUGCAAGACUUACGUACAAAUUCACCAAUAACUCUAUAACAGGGUUUGCAAGAUGUGAUUUUAAUCAUAUUAAAUUGAAUUUGGAUUUGUCAACUUUACUCUUUGAUAUAAAAUGUCCUUCAUUAAUAAUACAAGGGCACUAUGAAGUCGCAGGAGAACUUGUUAAUUUGCCAUUAAAAAGGAAUGGUACCUACAAAGUCACCACAGGUUUAUAUUUUAUAAACUUCAAUACGAUGAUCGAGAAGAUUUUAGGAAAAGACGGAAAGCAUCACUUAGCUAUCCAAAAACACGUUGUUUCCGGACAGCCAAAGGAGCCUAUAGAUUUUGCUUUUUAUCGCUUUACGCCAGAUGCAGUUUCUUCUCGUCAAGCGCUGGUUCAUUUCGAUCAAGACAGAUACAAGGAAUUACAUGUGUUGACCAGGGACGCGUAUCGUGCCGCAGUUUUUGGACCGCUAUUUACAUACGUCAACAGGUUUCUUGCGACUAUUCCUUAUGACGAAUUAUUUAUGGAUUAAAAAAUAAAAAUUGUUAAUAA